AUAUAUUACUAACCAUGGAUAAUCUCAUACUAUAAUUUACACGCUAAUAACCAUCUAUCACCAUGUGUUAGUCUAUAUAAUAAAGAUUAAGCUUCAAACCUAAAUCACAAACUCCACUCAAAACACAAAUAAACGAGAGAGAGAGAUGGCUACUUCGUACCAAGAAUCUUCAUCAUUGCUUCUUCAAGAUCUCAAAGUGACGAUCAAAGAAGCAUCACUCGUUUUCCCAUCUCAAGAAACCUUAACUCAUGAGAGAAAAUCUAUGUUUUUGUCAAAUGUCGACCAAGUUCUCAACUUCGAUGUCCAAACGGUUCAUUUCUUCCGACCAAACAAAGAUUUUCCUCCGGAGAUUGUGUCGGAGAUGCUGGGAAAGGCGUUGGUGAGAGCAAUGGACGUUUACGAGUUUUUGGCAGGGAGACUUCGGGUGAACCCUAGCUCUGGUCGGCUUGAUGUUGACUGUAACGGUGCCGGAGCUGGGUUUGUAACGGCAGCGAGUGAGUACACUUUAGAGGAGCUUGGAGAUUUGGUUUAUCCAAAUCCAGCUUUUGCUAAAUUGGUUACAAGUCAGCUUCAAAGUUUGCCUAAAGAUAACCAACCACUGUUUGCUUUUCAGGUGACAUCAUUCAAGUGCGGUGGAUUUUCAAUGGGAAUCUCAACAAACCAUACAACGUUCGACGGACUUAGUUUCAAAACAUUUCUCGCCAACUUAGCCUCCCUUCUAAGCGAGAAGCCCCUAUCAACACCUCCAUGCAACGACCGUACUCUUCUCAAAGCUCGUUCUCCACCACGUGUCACAUUCCCACACCACGAGCUUGUCCAACUCCAAGACUCCGAGACAACAACAACCGUCUUCGAAGCCACUUCAGAGCACUUAGACUUCAACAUCUUCAAGCUAUCGUCUCAACAAAUCCUGAGGCUGAAGGAGAAGGCCUCAGAGAGUCUCAGUAGUACCGGUUGUGUUCGUGCGACUGGUUUCAACGUCGUAACCGCUUUGGUUUGGAGGUGCAAGGCACUCUCGUUUGUAGAAGAAGAGGAUCUUGAAAAGGAAUCAACGAUUCUUUACGCGGUGGACAUCAGAGGGAGGCUGGAUCCUCAGCUUCCCUCUUCGUACACCGGAAACGCAGUUUUAACCGCGUACGCGAAGGCUAAACGAAAGGCAUUGCUCGAAGAGCCGUUUGGGAGGAUAGUGGAAAUGGUGGGAGAAGGUGCGAAUCGGAUAACGGAUGAAUACGCGAGAUCAGCUAUAGAUUGGGGAGAGAUGUACAAAGGGUUCCCACAUGGGGAGGUUUUGGUUUCGUCGUGGUGGAAACUAGGGUUUGCGGAGGUUGAGUAUCCAUGGGGAAAGCCUAAGUAUUGCUGUCCCGUUGUGUAUCAUCGUAAAGACAUAGUUUUGCUGUUUCCAGACAUUGAUGGAGAUAGUAAAGGUGUUUAUGUCUUGGCUGCUUUGCCUGCUGAGGAGAUGGCUAAGUUUCAGAAUUGGUUUGAAGACACCCUUUCCUGAUUUCUUGGCAUCAUUUUGCAUUGGUCUUGCGUUAUUUUACUUCAUUAUACUUCGGUACCUUUUUAUCAGUAUGGUUUGAAGUUGAAUUUGGUUUUCAUAUAAAAGAUCAAGCUAAAAGUAUUAAAAAUAAUUAUUUGAUAAAACUAUUUCGCUUA